UCGAGCCUGCCAAUGACAGGCCGUGUUUCUUUCCUACACCCUCGCUAGUGAAGCCUGCACCGGAGACUCGAUUGCUGUUUGCUAGCUAAAUUGUUUCGAGAGAUAUACUUUAUUUUUUUUCAGAAUAAAAACGUAUUACAGGGUAGUAGCACUCAACGAAUAGAGAUGACUGGGUCGAAUGAGUUCAAGCUGAACCAGGGUCCAGAAGAUAGUAUCUCGGCAGUGAAGUUCAGUCCUAGCACAGCCCAGUUCUUACUGGUGUCCUCCUGGGACUCCACUGUCCGCCUUUACGAUGUUGGCGGGAACUCUAUGAGAAUAAAGUACCAGCAUUUGGCCCCCGUACUGGAUUGUGCUUUUUAUGAUCCCACACAUUCUUGGAGUGGGGGUUUGGACAUGCAGCUGAAGACCCAUGAUUUAAAUACAGACCAAGAUACAGUUGUGGGAACACAUGAUGCACCCAUCCGUUGUGUUGAGUACUGUCCUGAAGUCAACGUCAUGGUAACGGGCAGCUGGGACCGGUCUGUAAGGCUGUGGGAUCCACGCACACCCUGCAAUGCCGGUACCUUCACCCAGCCCGAGAAGGUAUACACGCUCUCCGUCGCAGGGGACAGGCUGAUUGUGGGGACGGCUGGCAGGAGAGUCUUGGUCUGGGACCUGAGGAACAUGGGCUAUGUGCAGCAGAGGAGAGAGUCCAGCUUAAAGUACCAGACCCGCUGCAUCCGGGCCUUCCCUAACAAGCAGGGCUAUGUGCUGAGCUCGAUCGAAGGCCGGGUUGCUGUGGAAUACUUGGACCCUAGUCUGGAAGUCCAGAAGAAGAAGUACGCUUUUAAAUGCCACCGACUGAAGGAGAACGGAAUUGAGCAAGUGUAUCCCGUCAAUGCCAUCUCCUUUCACAGUGUUCACAACACCUUCGCCACCGGGGGCUCAGAUGGCUUCGUGAACAUCUGGGACCCGUUCAACAAGAAGCGUCUGUGCCAGUUCCACCGCUACCCCACCAGCAUCGCGUCACUGGCCUUCAGCAACGACGGCUCCACGCUGGCCAUUGCCUCCUCGUACAUGCAGGAGCAGGGUGACAUCAGUCACCCCGAGGACGCCGUCUUUAUCCGCCAGGUCACAGACGCUGAGACUAAGCCCAAGUCCACCUAAGCUCCCUGGCAUGGACAAUUCGCCAUGUCCCCUCCUGUCAUUGUCCUGUCCUUGAAGCAUCUUGGGAGAUUUCAGCUGGCAUCCAGUCAAACCUUGAUGAAACUCACCUUUUUGUUCCUCGUCACUAAUAUUUUUUACACGUUAAAUAUAUUAAUGUUUCCAUUUUCUGCACAGUCUUCGGUUUCCCCUUUAAGGCGUUUAUUCAUGUUAUCCGACUCGUUUUUAAACUACAAGACUAACCCACUGGACAUAAGGAUGUACAUAAUAUACAGUGAAUACUGCUUAUGACCAUAAUAUCAUUCCAUCCAGGUCUUGCACAGCAGAUGCUGAAAUAAGGAGAGGUUUUACAGAUAAUGGUAACGACACGUACGUCACAGAAGCUGGUUAGUACGUCAUAUGUCUAGCGAAAUACACUCUAAAAAGGAAAAAUCGUUUUGCACCGUGAAAUUUCAUUGUAAUUUUCCCUAUUAUACAUCGGUUUUAAAAAAUUUGACCUGAGUAGGAAAUAAACAUUUUUAUUAAAUCCUUCCUUUCCCCCUUA